AUGAUCGUUCAUAUAAUUCGUCCAGAUCCAUCAGCCCCUAAAGAUGGUAAUCUUUGGCUAAAUAAAUUUUCUGACAGUAACUUAUUCGGAAACCACUUAUUUAUUAGUUAUACUGGUUGGGCAAUGGUUGUUGAUUUAAAUG